AUGCGCGAGAUGAACGGGAUCGAGACGUCCGCGAGUGCGGCGACGAGCGAAGAAAGCGCGAGCGAUGCGCGUUGCGAUGGUUCCGUGAGCGCCGAGGACAACACGAUCGAUGAAAGCGAUGCCGAAGACGAUCAUUUCGACGAUUCAUUCGACGAAUACACGGAUGAGGAAGACGAUCAUAACUUUUCGUUCAACGUCGAGGAGACUGAGCUCAACAACAUCGAGAGCGAUCGAGUCGUCGGCGAUGAUUCUUUGCAUUCGCAAGUGAUUGAUUUCGUGAAGCAUAGCGAGAUGUCUACGCACGAAGCGAGUCGUCGACAACAGUGUUUCGACGCCAUUCAAUCCGCCAUCGCUCGACAUUACGCUAAUCACAAAGAUUGCUCUCUGCACGUAUUCGGGAGCGGCGCCACGGGGCUGGCGCUCGCAGGAGCCGAUCUAGAUUUAGUUUUACUCGGCGUCGGUCCGCAGUCGCGCAAGGGCGGCGGUGGUGGGUUUACACGAAGCGAACGCGACGAAAUCGUCGGCCACUUGCGAAAAAUGGCUCGAUUCUUGCGCAAGGUGAACGCUGUGUCGCGAGCGGAGAUCAUCGCCUCGGCGAAGGUUCCGAUCAUUAAAAUGAAAAGUGCUGUGCCGCCAUAUAUCGCCGUGGAUCUGUCCUUAGGAACUUCAAACGGCCUCGAAGCCGUGUACUGGAUUCGCGAACAAGUCGAGACGUACACGGCGUUGAAACCAUUGGUCUUUUACUUGAAGCGCCUUCUUAGCACGCAUCACUUGAACGACGCCGCGACUGGAGGGUGUGGGGGCUACUUGCUCGUGUCGCUUGUGGUUUCGCACUUGAAACAAACGGGUUCAGUGGUAGCUGUAAAUAAAGCCGGUUUGUUGGGCGAGCUCUUACUCGGUUUUCUCCGGCGAUUCGGCUCUGUGUUUGAUUACAGAACAAACGCCGUCGCCGCCGGUCGCGAAUCGGGCGUGAUGUCCGCCGCGGAACUCCCCGGUCCACCGUUUGGGACGCGGCCGUACAUCAUGGCAGAAGAUCCGCAGGAGCGACUGCGUUGCUUUACCGCGGCGGCGUAUCGAUUCAAAGAGGUUCAGAACCUGUUUAGACUCGCCGCGGAGCACAUCUCGGUGAGCGGCGAGCUCUCGUUACUCUCCGAGGUCGCCGCGCCACCGCCUAGAAACAGUUUCGGUGCGUUCCCAAAGAGCGGUCAACUCAUCAAGGUUCGCCAGAACACUAUGGUCCGCCGCGAAUCCUCGCCCUCGGGGAGCGGGCGGAACAACCAUCAGUAUUUCCGCAAAGCGAACGCGAAAAACAGCUUCUCGCCGAACAAAUCCGAUUGGACCGACGAUCCGCGCAACGGUAACAAUAAACGUCCUCGUGGUGCUAGCGCGUGGGCCUCCGACGGCCACCGCGGCUACGGAGGCACCCCGGCGUCACCGAGCGCCAAGCGUCGCCGCGCCGCCGACGAGCAGCGCGCGUUUCGCGAGCGCGGCGCCGGCAACGCGAAGAACGGCAAAAAGACCGCGCGCGCCUCGAGUGCGAAGCCCAAGCAGCGCGCAAAGCUCGCGAGCAAGCAAUCUCGCGUCACGAAGAAGAAGAAAAGGUAG